UAUAUCGUUAAAAUCAUAAAUAAAAAAUCAACCAUCAUCAUCAUCAUCAUCAUCAUGAAGAAUCGAAUAAGAAUUUGUUCGAAUAAGAAAAAUAUUUGGAUCAUACUAUCGAUUAUAUCGAUUAUUGCUAUCGAUAAUGUAGCCGGAAAAACGUUUUUUUCGAAUGGUUUGAUUAAACGUAAUGAUCAUAAUCAUGCAUUAGGAUCAUCAUCUGGAAUGUCAAGACGAAUGAAAACAUUUUUAACAACAUUAUUUGAUCGUGCUAUUGAAAUGAAUAAUCAACAACAACGAGAACAACAAGAACAACAGAUAAAUCGUUAUGGAAAAUGGAAUGAAUUUAUUGAAGAACAAAAUCUAAAACAACAACAACAACAUUCAUCAUUAUCAUCAACAACAGCUAUUCGAGGUCAAACUUCGAUUCCAUUAACAACAUUAACAGUGAUUCCAUUAUCAUCAUCAUCAUCAUCAUCAUCAACAUCAAUAAAUCAAAGUGUUAUCGAUGAAACAAAUGAUCCUAAUUCACCAUAUUAUAUUUCAAUGAUUAGUAGUAAUAUUAGUGGUAGUUUUAAUCGUUCAAAUAUUCAAAAAAAUUCAUCAACAUUACAAUCAUCAUCAUCAUCAUCAUCAUCAUCAUCACAUUCAAAUGGUUUCAUAACAAAAUUAUUUAAUUAUGCAUUUUCAACAACAGCACCAUCACGUAUAAUGCUUACAACAAAACGUCCAUUAAUAACAUUUAUAAAUGUAACAAAUCUUGAUGAAAUGGAUUAUGAAAAACAAGAAUCAUCAUCAUCACCAUAUAUAUCAUCAAAAAUGAAUCAAUUAUCUGAAACAUAUCAAUUAUCAUUAUUGAAUAGUGCUGAUCCACAUUCAUCAAUGUUACAACAACAACAACAACAACAACAACAACAGCAAUCAAAAAAACGUUUACCCGAAUGUGCAACACAACAAGUUUGUUCAGCACAUUAUGUUAAAUCUAAUCAUACACAACGUCUUUGUGAUUGUUCAAGAGAUUCAAAUUUUAAUUGUGAUGAACAAUUAAAUGAAUUAAAUGAAGAUCAUAUUAUUGAUCUAUCUAGAAAACAAGAAUUUAAGACAAAACGUAAUAGUUUAGAAGCAUAUACACAAGUAAAAUUAUGUGAAAAUCUACAUAAUUUAAAACCAUGUAAAACACCAACCGAUUGGACAAUAAUGGCAUUACAAUCAGAACGUACUGGUAAAGCACAUUUUGUUGUUGUUUGUAAAUGUCCGGAUUCGGCAUCAUUUGAAGGACCAUUUACACAUAAACAUCCACCAUAUGCAAGAUUUCCUGGUAUUCGUGUAUAUGGUAUGCUUUGUAAUCAAGGUAUACGAAAAUCUAAACAUAAUCCUAAAGUUGCAUUAGAAAUUGAUCUAGAAAAAGGUGGUAAUGAAUUUCCUGAAUUUCCAUGGGAAUUAGCCUAUGCUGUCAUCAAUUCAACAGCUACACAAGGAUUUUGGUAAAAUUUAUCCAAAAAUUUAUCAUGUGUGUGUGUGUAAAUAAAAAUCAACCCGAUUAACUUAUUCUCUUAUACUUAUAUAAAACAUAUAAUCAUUAUUUUCGAAAA